AUGAUAAAAGGAAAACGUUCAUUUCCAAAGCGUCAAAAUAAUGUUAGAGUAUUAAAUUCAUCACGUGUUGAGGAAUUUGCUAUAUCCGAUCAUAAUCAAUCCAUAGAUGGCAUAAAUGAACUUUCUGCAUAUGAAGUUUUGUCGCUCAGAAAAAAUACAGAAGAUGGUAUUAAGUCCAAUUUGAAUGAAGAAAGAGUGGCAUCAAGUUUAACUAGUAGAACAGAAGACAAUAAACCAUGCAGAGAUUUCGUAAAAAGCGAUAGGAACGUGUUAGCGUCGGAUUUUCUGUCUAAAUACGGUGAGGAAACGGAUGAAAUGAACAAAACUAAGGAAAAGCAAAAAAAAUUAAUGAAGAAGGAGAUUCGAAAGAGAACUAAGCGGAAACGUAAAUCAGUUAAUAAAAGAGAACUAAGUGGUUCAAUUAAAACAUGGAUACCGGCACAUUCAGGUAGUAGCGUCUUCAGCUCAUUAUUUAGGAAUUGUGAUGAUUCGAAAGAAAUGCAGGAUUCAAUUGUCGAUUGUUUGAGUGAAGGAGAAGAAAUAGAGGAAAUUAAAAUCGUAAAUCUUUCGGAUUCAAGCCAUGGAAGCUCUUUUGAAAGUGACGAAAUUAAUGAAGACAAAAAUAUGGUGGAUGAAGAAGAGAAUGAUAAAGAAUUGAUUGAUGAAAGAAGUACAAAUAAUGCGGUUCGUGAAAAUUUUGUAAGGUGUUACGGAAAAGAAAAGGAUGAAGAUGCCAGUGAUGUAGUAAUCGAUUUUGAGCAGAAGCCUUUCUCAACUCAUUGUGAUUCAGUACAAAAUGGAUUGGAUGCUAUCCAAUGGCUUAUUGAUCCCUACGACCUAACACAGUUUUUCAAAAUGGUAUUCCAAAAGAAAGUAUUUCAUGUUUGCCAUAAUAACCCGAAUUACUACGGCAAUUUAUUUAGCACAGCGAAAUUUAUCGACAUUCUGCAAACGGAUUAUGUUGAAUACGGUACCAAUGUGAAUGUUGCUGUUUACAAGAAUCAGCAAAGGUCAACUUUAAAUGGUUCUGGAAAGGUUUAUCCCCAAGCAAUACAAAAAAGUAUUGAGGCUGGUUGUUCAAUACAGCUUACAAAUCCUCAAAGCUUCUGUGACAAUGUUUGGUACUACUGUGAUUUGUUACAGGAAGUAUUUGGUUGUUUUGUUGGAGCGAAUAUUUAUAUAACUCCCGCAAAUACGGCUGGCUUCGCCCCUCAUUGGGACGACAUCGACGCUUUCUUGCUUCAAUUGGAAGGGCGAAAACAUUGGAAAAUAUAUGCACCGGAUAGUGAUGAUGAGAUGCUUCCUCGAUUACCCAGCGGUAAUUUUACGGAUAAUGAUGUUAUUAAUCGUAUGCUUGUUUUUGAUGAUUGGUUGGAGCAAGGCGAUAUGUUAUAUAUUCCGCGAGGUUAUAUCCAUCAGGGUUUCGCAGACAAAGAUGUUCAUUCGUUGCAUCUCACUGUUAGUGUUUGUCGCAAUGUCACAUAUGCUGAUCUCUUGGAACGUGUCAUCCCUCCUGCACUAUCUAAUUUUGCUGAGCAAAAUGUAAACAUUCGUAAAUCAUUACCAGCUCGUUAUUUAGAUAUGACAGGUGUAUUGGAAUGUGACUAUCCACUAUUGAAAACUGGUACUAUAAAAUUACAUCGAUUUCUGGAUAGCAUCUUUUCAAAUUUCUGCAAAUAUAUCAAAGAGUUAAGUGAACCGGCUGUUGAUAUGAUGGCCAGGGAAUUUAUGAGAACGGCACUCCCACCUGUACUCACUAAAGAGGAGAAAGAUAUGACAGCGUUAUGCGUUGCCGGUUCAUCGUUGUAUGGUGAUAAGGAGCAUAUUUUCACAAAGAAUACGCCAAUAAAGCUUUUAAGAAGACAUGGUCAAAGACUCAUUUAUGAAUCGGAAGAACGUUGCUUUAUUGUACACCGCAUGGCAAAUUCGAGAGUUUAUGAGGGAAGACCGGAAGUUUUAUUUGAUCUGGAUGUAGAACUUGCCGAAGGAUUUGCAAAUUUAGUGAACGCUUAUCCUCGCUGGUGCUUAGUAUCGGAUUUAAAAUGUAAUGAUGCAGCCGACAAUAUCAGAUUGGCCGAACUUUUAUAUAGCAAUGGAUUACUUAUGGCUGAAUUUCCAGAAGCUAUGAGAUGA